CUAGUAAACAGUGACUUUGUCGCCGGCUCCAAUAGCGUUUCGAACAUCCGGUCUGUUCCGAUAGUGUCAAUUUAUGCAUGAGAGAGGGGAAGAGAUUCGAAACUUUUUCAGACGCCCAUCAGAUUGGAAAAAGGGUCGUUGUUCUUGCAGAUGUCGAUGUCAAGACGUUUAGGGAGAAGACCGAGAGGAGGUCGGUAGGAAGUCAAAUCCCCCGAGGAUUUGUUUCUUGAUGACCAAAUCAAAUCACCUGCCGAAUCAUUUCCACAUUUCAGGCUCGGCGAAACUGAAAGUUGCCGACAAGAUAAUUAUAGUACUCCAUAUAGGUACAGUAUAUGUGUCCAAGAGGGUUAAUACCUCGGAAACGUCCCUUCCAAGGAAUUCCGAGACCGAGAGUCACUUCGGAAACCGCUUCAACCCCAACUCUCGAGAUGUUUUCUUUACCCGACUCUCAACCUUCUCAGCAUCAGUAAGAAGAAAACCAAAGAAAGGGAAGAAUAGAACGAAAUCAAGACCUAGGUAGCUCUAUCAACCCACAAUGUCCCUUUCUUCGGUCAUACAAUGGUCAAAUCUGUCCGCCCAGAUCAUAUCUCGAUCCUCCUCUUCAAUUCGUCGCUUCUCUGUACGUCACCAUUGUCGACAAUCUGCCGCCGAUGCUUCUGCCACCUCCAUUGCAGCAUCAUUCUUGUCUCGGUUUCGGUCUCUGGGCCCGCAGACUCGCUCCCAAGUUCUUGAUGCCAAUCAGCUACAGCUUCUGUCCCUCACAUUGAAUCGUCCAUCUCUAUACCCUAACUCCCCAUCGCUAUCCAAUACUUCAACCUCGUUACCUACCGGCACCCCCCUUCCGCCGGGGUAUCAUCUGGCCUACUUCACUCCUGCAUUCUUGGAGAAUGAGUUAGGUGCGGAUGGCACGGAUGUCUCCUACAAUCCGGAGGCUCCAUUUACUCGGCGCAUGUGGGCAGGCGGCGAGGUGCACUGGCCGCGUGCCGCAGAUGGAAACCCUAAUCCGUUGCGGGUGGGACAAGAAGUCCAGGAAACUACUAAAGUGCUCAGUUCCGAGCCAAAGAUUGUGCGUAAGACCGGAGAAGAAAUGAUUGUCGUGGGCGUGGAGAAGGAGUUCCGUAACGAACAUGGCGUGGCGGUCAUUGAUCGCCGGAACUGGGUCUUCCGUAAAGCACUGGCUGUGCCAUAUAUAUCUUCUACAACAAGAGUUCCGGCGCCAUUAUCUACAGCUCCAGCCUUCUCGUCCACUUCCUCGACCGAGAAGACUCACACUCGCACCUUAAGACAGACAGCUAUUACUCUUUUCCGCUUUUCAGCUUUGACUUUUAAUCCCCACAAGAUCCACUAUUCGACCCCAUGGGCUCAGCAGGUGGAGGGACAUAGAGAUAUUGUCGUCCACGGCCCUCUGAAUUUGAUCUCCAUCUUGGACCUCUGGAGGGAUACACGCCCAAUGAAGGGUGACGAUCCGGCCCUGAUGCUUCCAGAAAGCAUUACAUACAGGGCGACGAGUCCACUAUUCGCUGAGGAUGAGUAUCAGGUUGUGCUCAACGAGGAGGAGGGGAGUGGUACAGGGCUAGUGCGGAUUUUUGCUCCUGGUGGAAAGGUUGCGAUGAAGGCUGAGGUCAGGUCAGCCAAGUGAAUCCUUACGCUCUGAUUUUUCUUGUCCAUAGUUGUCGUCUAAGGAAUAUAAAACGGGGGAGACGGGCCAAACCCCUUUCAAAUUCCUGAACUACUGUAAUGUA